AUGAGACUCUUCAGCAUUCUUCCAGUCAUCGCCGCCGCUGUCCUCGGAACUUGGAGCGUCGUUGGCCGUCAUUCGAUUUACCAUGACACCAUCGUCGACCUCGACGAAGUGACCGCUACGUCUUACGACUUGCAAGCCCUUGCGUUCAGCCUCACUGCUGCCAACUUCGCCGUCGAGAGUCCCAAAAUCGUGAGCGGGUUAUAUGACUUGGUUGCCAUAGGCGCCACGUUUGACAAACAAGCCUUCGACCGAAAAGCGAUGGAUGCCGAACAGGCGCAGAAGGUGCUCGCUGAACUUACUGUUUUCGCCAAUGCGCAGAGGACUCUCAUGGACGAGCUUGUCCAGAAAUACCCCUUGGCGUCGGAGAAUCAUCUCACGGAACAAAUAGCGGAAGGCAUUCGUGCUUUUCAGAGUGCCACCUACGAGGCCGGGGACGAGUUUACCCACAUCGUCCCUCCAUCAAGCGUAAAGGCGGUCAAGGCUCAUUUCCAUUCGAUAAACGUCGCUAUCGAAGGCGCGUUGGCCACGUACUCCUAA